AUGUCAAAUACAACAACAACAACAACGACAGCAACAACAAAUAUGAAUGGAAGUGAUCAUGUUCAUUUACCAUAUGCUCGUCUUGAAUCCACACAUUUUGGAAUCUAUGAUGUUUGGCAAGAAAAAACAACUGUUGGAAAAAAAACUAAUCGACAUGAAGUUGAUGUUAAUAUGGGUUCAACAUCUGUUGUUUCUCGUAUACAUUUUGAAUUAAUACUUAUUAAUGGUAGUGAUUUUCAAUUACGAUGUCGUAGUAAAAAUGGUAUUUUUAUCAAUAAUAAUUAUUCAAAAACGUCUUCAAUAACAAUUUUACCUAAACAAUGUACACUUCGUUUUCCAAGUACUGAUAUGUGUAUUUCAUUUUCAUCAUUAAUCAAUAAUAAUAAUAAUAAUAAUAAUAAUAAUAAUAAUACAAUAAAUCGAACAUCACCUGGAAGUGUUUCACGUCAUGUAUCAACAGAAACAUUACAACAACAACGUUCAUCAUCAUCAUCAUCAUCAUCAGUUCCAAUUGAUACAAAUAAUUCAUCAACAACAUCUUCAUUACUUCUUCAAUCUGUUCCAAAUAUUACACAACAACAACAACAAGUUAUUCUUGUUGCAGUUAAUCAACAUCCACAUCGAACAGUUAUUCAAGCUAAUCAUAAUAAUAAUGUUAAUCAUGAAUUAAAUAAUAGUCUUUUACCAAUAAAUCUUAAUAUACCAAAUUCAUCGUCAUCAAUUAAUUCAAUAUCAACUACUCGCAAUAAUGGACAAAUUAAAAUACAAUAUGAAAAUCCAACUAUGAUGAAUAUAACAUCAAAUACUUCUAUAUUAAAUUCUACAAUUUCAUCAUGUUCAACAAGUCCAAAAAUUCCUAACAGUGAUAUAAGUGAAAAUCAGACAUUAGUUAGUUCUCCAAUAAUUCAACGACUUCCAUCAUGUGGAAUCGAUAAUAAUCAACAAGAUCAUGAUAAUAUUAAUUCAAAAAAUAGUACAAAACCACCAUUUUCCUAUGCUCAAUUAAUUGUUCAAGCUAUUUUAUCAGCACCUGAUAAACAAAUGACUUUAAGUCAAAUCUAUAAUUUUAUAUCAGCACAAUAUCCAUAUUAUGAAGCAAAUAAUCGUGGUUGGCAAAAUUCAAUUCGACAUAAUCUUAGUUUAAAUCGUUAUUUUAUUCGACUUGCUCGUAAAGAAAAUGAUACUGGUAAAGGAAGUUUUUGGCGUUUAGAUGAAACAUGUGAAGAAAAAUUAAUUGAUCAUGCAUUUCGUCAUCGAAAACAACGUCGAAAUUCUAUAUCAUUUAAUUCAUCUCAUAAUGAUACUAAUUUAAAUAAAUCUGAUGAUGGACAUUCACCAACAACUCAAUAUCAAAAUGAUCAAACAGAUUUUUUAUUAGCUGAUAUUCAAACAAGUAAUCCAUCAACACCAUUAUCACCAAUGACAAGUCCAUUGGUUGGACCAAUUAUUGAAGCUAUAUCACCUAUUAGACAAACAGAAGAUAAUAAACGAAAACGUGAUGAUGACGAUGAUAAUUUACAAGAUGAACAACAAAUAGAAGAUUUAUUACAUAGUCUUACUGCAUCGAUUGAUGAAACUGUUAAACGGCAAAAAACAUAA